CAUCUCCAAGAGAUCCCAUCCUCCAGCAGCAAUGUUUCCACCGGCUUCACCUGGGACUGGGAAGUCAGCAAGACCUCAGAGUUUCUCUCGGGUAUGGGAGUGUCUGUCCUUAAGAAGGACCAGCUGGGCAAUGAAAAUACACCGCAGGACCUGCUUGUGUCAUCUCCCAGUCCUCCUCUGAAGCGACAGAAGGUGAAGGAGAAUGAAAAGGACUUUGUUAUUAUGCGUCGGCCUCGGCUGCUUCGAGAGACAGAGUCAGGUGUUUCUUGGGAUGCACUUCCAGAUGAAUUACUUUUGGCAGUCUUUGCAUAUUUGCCCCUAAAUGACUUGUUAAAAGCUUCCCUGAUUUGCAAGAGGUGGCAUUGUCUUUCGUUUGAUGAAUCUCUCUGGCAGACUCUUGAUCUGACUGGUAGAAAUCUGCUGCCAGGAGUGAUUGGACAGUUGCUGCCUGCAGGUGUUACUGCAUUCCGCUGCGCAAGAUCUUUUAUUGGGAAUCCAUUGUUUAAAACAAGCAAACCUCUCAGAGUUCAACAUAUGGAUUUGUCAAACUGUACAGUGUCUGUUGCAGAUCUGCAGAGUAUUCUUUGUCUGUGUGAAAGGCUGCAGAACCUCAGCCUGGAGGGGCUAGUGCUUUCUGACAACAUCAUCAAGAACAUUGCUAAGAAUCCCAGUUUGAUGCGACUGAAUCUCUGUGGGUGCGCAGGGUUUUCUGCAGGAGCCUUGGAGCUGAUGCUGAGCAGCUGUUCUAUGUUGGAGGAGCUGAACUUGUCCUGGUGUGACUUCACAGCCACCCAUGUCAAAGCAGCAGUCAAUUAUGUUACUUCAAAAGUAACCAAAUUAAAUUUAAGUGGAUACAGACAUAAUCUACAAAUACCAGAUGUUAAAACACUGGUGGAAAGAUGUCCUUUUCUUGUCCAUUUAGAUCUAAGUGACAGCAUCAUGUUGAAACCUGAGUGCUUCCAGUAUUUUCAUCAACUCCUCUUUCUAGAACAUCUGUGUCUUAGCAGGUGUUAUCAGAUAUCACCUGCUGCCUUAGUAGAACUUGGUGAAAUUCCAACUUUAAAGACUCUUCAGGUGUUUGGAAUAGUGACUGAUAGGUCCCUACAGCUCCUCAAGGAAACACUUCCUGAUCUGAAGAUCAAUUGUUCAUACUUUACAACUAUUGCAAGGCCAACUGUUGGCACUAAAACAAACCAUGAGAUUUGGGGCAUCAAAUGCAGACUAAUGCUGAAAAAUCCUAGUGGCUUAUGAUCAUGUACAGUGCACUGGAAGCAACGGACACACUGUGUGUAGUGAAGCUCCUUAAGAAGCAGAGUGCUGGAGCACCUUUAAUCAUAGUACUGU